UAUGGUACAUAUAUAAAUUGCGUAGUUCGGAGACGUUUUAACACAAAUCAAACAUGCAGCUUCAGAAGAAGAGUUUGUGCCUGCUUUUGAAUGUGAUUGUCGCCAUGUGUGCACGAGAGCCAUCGAGCCCAAUAUGCUCGAAAUACGACUAUGAGGAACGUUUAUUAGAAAGAGUUAUUAAGAACGAAUUUGCUCUAGAAACAACUCUGAAAGAUAUACUGAAAACGAACGCCAACGUUGUGGAUGCGCUAAAACAAUUAGAAGAUGGAAAAAUGCAAGUGGAGUCUUCGCUGGCAGUUAUGGAAAAGAGACAAAUGGAAAUGGAAACUAGAUUGGCUGACUUUAUAACCAAUUCAUCUAAUGUAAUGAAUUCGACGCUAGCUGCAAUGUUUGAAACGUCAUCACAGAUAAAACAAAAUGCCUCGGUGACCGCACAGCAACUCGUGAAUGAAGUCCGCGUUCUUAAAGAUUCGCUAAAAGUCCCUACAAUUUACUUUCGUGCGCGCAUUACGGCCAGCUCCACAGACCUAUCAAGCGGCCAGGAUGUUGUCUUCCCGAUAGUUGAGGUAAACGAAGGGCAGGGUUAUGAUCCUUCUACAGGCAAAUUCACAGCUUCGAUCUCUGGAAUGUAUCUGUUCACUGUCCAGUAUUGUGUUUAUGGUAAGAAACAUGUUGAGAUUGAAAUCGUGCAUGGAGGCAGGACAUUACAGAGGUCGACUAACUACGAUUUCGCCGGUAAUUAUCCAUGUUUGACUAUGCAGAUAUCAGCAGCGCUUGCAUUUGGAGACCUGGUCUGGGCGCGCUCUCAUGGAUCGAGCACGUUCUAUGCAAGUUCGAACAGAUAUACUAUAUUUGCUGGCACAUUGAUCCAUGUAUAACCACACUAUCAAGUAUGUCAAGAUACUACACUUCGUGAAGAAGGA